CUUACAGUGAAAUGCUGAAUACAGCAGGUGUAGUAGACCUCACAGUGAAAUGCUGAAUACAACAGGUGUAGUAGACCUUACAGUGAAAUGCUGAAUACAACAGGUGUAGUAGACCUCACAGUGAAAUGCUGAAUACAACAGGUGUAGUAGACCUCACAGUGAAAUGCUGAAUACAACAGGUGUAGUAGACCUCACAGUGAAAUGCUGAAUAUAACAGGUGUAGUAGACCUCACAGUGAAAUGCUGAAUACAACAGGUGUAGUAGACCUCACAGUGAAAUGCUUACUGACAAGCCCUUAACCAACAAUGCAGUUUUAAGAAAAAAUACCCCCCAAAAUAACAAAUAAUUAAAGAGCAGCAGUAAAAUAACAAUGGCGAGGCAGAGACUAUAUACAGGGUGUUACGGUACAGAGUCAAUGUGGAGGCUAUAUACAGGGUGUACUGGUACAGAGUCAAUGUGGAGGCUAUAUACAGGGGGUACCGGUACAGAGUCAAUGUGGAGGCUAUAUACAGGGUGUUACGGUACAGAGUCCAUGUGGAGGCUAUAUACAGGGUGUUACGGUACAGAGUCAAUGUGGAGGCUAUAUACAGGGUGUUACGGUACAGAGUCAAAGUGGAGGCUAUAUACAGGGGAUACCGGUACAGAGUCCAUGUGGAGGCUAUAUACAGGGGGUACCGGUACAGAGUCAAUGUGGAGGCUAUAUACAGGGUGUUACGGUACAGAGUCAAUGUGGAGGCUAUAAACAGGGUGUUACGGUACAGAGUCAAUGUGGGGGCUAUAUACAGGGGGUACCGGUACAGAGUCAAUGUGGAGGCUAUAUACAGGGGGUACCAGUACAGAGUCCAUGUGGAGGCUAUAUACAGGGGGUACCGGUACAGAGUCAAUGUGGAGGCUAUAUACAGGGUAUUACGGUACAGAGUCAAUGUGGAGGCUAUAUACAGGGGGUACCGGUACAGAGUCAAUGUGGAGACUAUAUACAGGGGUACCGGUACAGAGUCAAUGUGGAGGCUAUAUACAGGGGGUACCGGUACAGAGUCAAUGUGGAGACUAUAUACAGGGAGUACCGGUACAGAGUCAAUGUGGAGGCUAUAUACAGGGGGGUUACGGUACUGAGUCCAUGUGGAGGCUAUAUACAGGGGUACCGGUACAGAGUCAAUGUGGAGGCUAUAUACAGGGUGUUACGGUACAGAGUCAAUGUGGAGGCUAUAUACAGGGGGUACCGGUACAGAGUCAAUGUGGAGGCUAUAUACAGGGUGUUACGGUACAGAGUCAAUGUGGAGGCUAUAUACAGGGGGUACCGGUACAGAGUCAAUGUGGAGACUAUAUACAGGGAGGUACCGGUACAGAGUCAAUGUGGAGGCUAUAUACAGGGGGUACCGGUACAGAGUCAAUGUGGAGGCUAUAUACAGGGGGUACCGGUACAGAGUCAAUGUGGAGGCUAUAUACAGGGUGUUACGGUACAGAGUCAAUGUGGAGGCUAUAUACAGGGUGUUACGGUACAGAGUCAAUGUGGAGGCUAUAUACAGGGUGUUAUGGUACAGAGUCAAUGUGGAGGCUAUAUACAUGGUGUUACGGUACAGUUAAUGUGGAGGCUAUAUACAGGGGGUACCGGUACAGAGUCAAUGUGGAGGCUAUAUACAGGGUGUUAACGGUACAGAGUCAAUGUGGAGGCUAUAUACAGGAGGUACCGGUACAGAGUCAAUGUGGAGGCUAUAUACAGGGGGUACCGGUACAGAGUCAAUGUGGAGGCUAUAUACAGGGGGUACCGGUACAGAGUCAAUGUGGAGACUAUAUACAGUGAGGUACCGGUACAGAGUCAAUGUGGAGGCUAUAUACAGGGGGUACCGGUACAGAGUCAAUGUGGAGGCUAUAUACAGGAGGUACCGGUACAGAGGUAAUUGAGGUAAUAUGUAGAUGUAGGUAGAGUUAUUAAAGUCACUAUGCAUAGACAAUAAACAGAGAGUCGCAGCAGCGUAGAAGAGGGGGGUUAAGGCUUUUAUCACGCCCUGUUAAAGCGACUUGGGGUAAAAAAUCGAACUAAUCCUUGGUUCUCCUGUGAUUUGAAAAUCAUUUUCCUGCAAAAGAAUCAAGCAUGGGCCUUGGUGAAGGAAACUGGCGAAACAGCUGAUUGGCUGCUUUUUAGGCAAUUAAGAAAUAGAUGGACCGGCGGAAUAAACAAGGCAGAUCUAGGUAUUUUCUUGAUGCUAUGAGUCUGCUGGUGAUCCCUCUAAAUUCUGGAAAACUGUUAACUCACUUAAACCAGGAUACUCCUCGACGUCCGAAGCAAAUUACAUCGGAAUCUGGGAUCAUCAGCGACCGAAUUGGACUUUGUGAUGUUUUUAAAAAAGCACUUUAUUUCUGCUGGUUUUCUUUUUGAAAAUAAAAAAUGUCCAACAUGAUCCUGACCGGUCUAUUGUUUCAGUCCCUCGGCCUUCAGCUGAUGUGGAAAACAGUAAGCUGGGUUUUUAAUUUCCAAAAAGUCACAGAAGAUGAGGUCUUAUCUGCGUGUUACGGGUCCCAUUACCAUCCCCCCUAGACGGUCGGGCCAAAGGGAUUCGUAACACUGCGCUAUCUGCUAUAGAUUCUAAGAAAUCGUUAGGUGCUGACAAUCUGAAUCCAUAUUUACUCAACUGUGCGGCACCUAUUAUUGCUAGUCCAGUGACGCAUAUCUUUAAUCAAACAUUAGUCGUAGGAAAUAUUCCUCAAUCUUGGAAAACAGCUUUUGUUAUUCCUCAAGGGAGGUGAUGGUAGUGAAUUGGAUAAUUAUCGGCCCAUCUCUAAGUUCUCCUGUUUGGCUAAAAUUCUAGAGUCAUUGGUGAAUAGGCAACUACAGUCAUUUUUAACUGUUAACAAUACUCUUUAUAGCAAUCAAUCUGGCUUCAGACCUAAACACAGUACUAUUACGGCCACUGUACGUGUUGUAAAUGAUAUUACUUAUGCCCUAGAUAAUAGAAAGUACUGUGCCGCCUUGUUCAUAGAUUUAUCUAAAGCAUUUGACACUGUAGACCAUGCGAUACUUUUGGGUUAGCUGUCGUUAAUAGGACUGGGAUCGGAUGCCCGUCGUUGGGUUUCAUGACUAUCUAAAGGAUAGAAGUCAGGCUGCUCAUCCAGUCAGAGCCAUUGGAGUUGGUUAAAGGGGUCCCACAAGGGUCUAUCCUUGGUCCAUUACUGUUCACUCUCUACAUAAACAAUAUCGGUGAUGAGGUAAAAUGUAAAAAUCAUCUAUAAGCUGAUGACACUUGUCAUGUACUCUAUUGCAGCUGAUCAAGCAUUAUCACAGUUGGAGACAGAUUCUAAGACAUUACAAGGGUGUUUUAUACAGCUGAAACUUGUUUUAAAUGCAAAGAAAACAUUUUAUGAUUUUAACAGGUUUAAAAAGUUAGUUGAAAAUACAUUUAUGAGCUUAGAUGGCUCUCGAAUUAAUCAGGUCUCUGCAUAUAAAUACUUAGGGAUAUGGUUGGAUGAUAAAAUGUAUUUUAAAAUGCAUAUUGAUGAACUUUGUAAACGUCUAAAAAUCAAUCUAGGCUUCCUCUAUAGAAACAGGACAUUGCUUGUCCUCUACAAAUAGAAGACAAAUUGUGGAAGCUACUUUUAUGUCUGUUAUAGAUCAUGGUGAUAUUAUCUACAUGCAUGGUACGGCAUCCACACUUAAAUCGCCGGAUGCUACUUAUCAUUGAGUUUAUUACGGGUGCUAGCUACAGAACUCACCGCUGUGUUUUAUAUCAAAACGUGGGGUUGGACUUCGCUGUCCGUGAGACGAGAACAACAUGCUCUCGUGUUUGUCUAUAAAGCACUAGGGCAUAUUCCAUUUUCUUUUAUUUACUUUUUUUGCACACCAGUAGUUCUACUUGCACAUCAUCAUCUGCUCAUCUAUCACUCCAGUGUUAAUCUGAUCAAUUGUAAUUUCUUCGCUACUAUGGCCUAUGUAUUGCCUUACCACCUCACGCCAUUUGCACACACUGUAUAUAUACUUUUCUAUUGUGUUAUUGACUGUACGUUUGUUUAUUUCAUGUGUAACUCUGUGUUGUUGUUUGUGUCGCACUGCUUUGCUUUAUCUUGGUCAGGUCGCAGUUGUAAAUGAGAACUUUUUCUCAACUGGCCUACCUGGUUAAAUAAAAGGUGAAAUAAAAUAAAUGUAAAAAGUCAGUAUCUGACCACCAUUUACCUCAUGAAAACCAGUCAGUAUCUGACCACCAUUUACCUCAUGAAAACCAGUCAGUAUCUGACCACCAUUUACCUCAUGAAAACCAGUCAGUAUCUGGCCACCAUUUACCUCAUGAAAACCAGUCAGUAUCUGACCACCAUUUACCUCAUGAAAACCAGUCAGUAUCUGGCCACCAUUUACCUCAUGAAAACCAGUCAGUAUCUGACCACCAUUUACCUCAUGAAAACCAGUCAGUAUCUGGCCACCAUUUACCUCAUGAAAACCAGUCAGUAUCUGACCACCAUCUGCCUCAUGAAAACCAGUCAGUAUCUGGUCUGACCACCAUUUACCUCAUUAAAACCAGUCAGUAUCUGGCCACCAUUGACCUCAUGAAAACCAGUCAGUAUCUGGUCUGACCACCAUUUACCUCAUGAAAACCAGUCAGUAUCUGACCACCAUUUACCUCAUGAAAACCAGUCAGUAUCUGACCACCAUUUACCUCAUGAAAACCAGUCAGUAUCUGACCACCAUUUACCUAAUGAAAACCAGUCAGUAUCUGACCACCAUUUACCUCAUGAAAACCAGUCAGUAUCUGACCACCAUUUACCUCAUGAAAACCAGUCAGUAUCUGACCACCAUUUACCUCAUGAAAACCAGUCAGUAUCUGACCACCAUUUACCUCAUGAAAACCAGUCAGUAUCUGACCACCAUUUACCUCAUGAAAACCAGUCAGUAUCUGACCACCAUUUACCUCAUGAAAACCAGUCAGUAUCUGACCACCAUUUACCUCAUGAAAACCAGUCAGUAUCUGACCACCAUUUACCUCAUGAAAACCAGUCAGUAUCUGACCACCAUUUACCUCAUGAAAACCAGUCAGUAUCUGACCACCAUUUACCUCAUGAAAACCAGUCAGUAUCUGGUGUGACCACCAUUUACCUCAUGAAAACCAGUCAGUAUCUGACCACCAUGUCCCUCAUGAAAACCAGUCAGUAUCUGACCACCAUUUGCCUCAGGCAGCACGACACAUCUCCUUCACAUAGAGUUGAUCAGGCUGUUGAUUGUGGCCUGUGGAAUGUUGUCCCACUCCUCUUCAACGGCUGUGUGAAGUCGCUGGAUAUUGGCGGGAACUGGAACACGCUGUCGUACACGUCGAUCCAGAGCAUCCCAAACAUGCUCAACAGGUGACAUGUCUGAAAGAACUGAGACAUGUUCAGCUUCCAGGAGUUGUGUGCAGAUCCUUGCGACAUGGGGCUGUGUAUUAUCAUGCUGAAACAUGAGGUGAUGGCGGUGGAUGAAUGGCACAACGAUGGACCUCAGGAUCUCAUUGCGGUAUCUCUGUGCAUUCAAAUGGCCAUUGAUAAAAUGCAAUUGUGUUUGUUGUUCUUAGUUUAUGCCUCCCCAUACCAUAACCCCACCGCCACCAUGGGGCACUCUGUUCACAACGUUGACAUCAGCAAAUCGCUCGCCCACACGACGCCAUACACGUGGUCUGCGGCCCGUUGGACGUACUGCCAAAUUCUCUAAAAUGACGUUGGAGGCGGCUUAUGGUAGAGAAAUGAACAUUAAAUUAUCUGGCAACAGCUCUGGUGGACAUUCCUGCAGUCAGCAGGCCAAUUGCACGCUCCCUCAAAACUAAAGACAAACUGCACAUUUUUAAUUGGCCUUUUCUUGUCCCCCAGCACAAGGUGCACCUGUGUAAUGACCAUGCUGUUUAAUCAGCUUCUUGAUAUGCCACAGGUGUAUGGAUUAUCUUGGCAAAGGAGAAAUCCUCACUAACAGGGAUGUAAACAAAUUUGUGCACAAAAUUAGAUAGAAAUGUCCGGUGUCUUUUAUUUCAGCUCAUGGAUCAACACUUUACAUGUUGUGUUUAUAUUUUUGUUCAGUGUAUCUAUUGCUAACGUGCUAACUUAGUGUAUCUAUUGAUAACGUGCUAACUCAGUGUAUCUAUUGCUAACGUGCUAACUCAGUGUAUCUAUUGAUAACGUGCUAACUCAGUGUAUCUAUUGCUAACGUGCUAACUUAGUGUAUCUAUUGAUAACGUGCUAACUCAGUGUAUCUAUUGCUAACGUGCUAACUCAGUGUAUCUAUUGAUAACGUGCUAACUCAGUGUAUCUAUUGCUAACGUGCUAACUUAGUGUAUCUAUUGAUAACGUGCUAACUCAGUGUAUCUAUUGCUAACGUGCUAACUCAGUGUAUCUAUUGCUAACGUGCUAACUUAGUGUAUCUAUUGCUAACGUGCUAACUUAGUGUAUCUAUUGAUAACGUGCUAACUCAGUGUAUCUAUUGAUAACGUGCUAACUCAGUGUAUCUAUUGCUAACGUGCUAACUCAGUGUAUCUAUUGCUAACGUGCUAACUCAGUGUAUCUAUUGCUAACGUGCUAACUCAGUGUAUCUAUUGCUAACGUGCUAACUCAGUGUAUCUAUUGCUAACGUGCUAACUUAGUUGUUCAGUGUAUCUAUUGCUAACGUGCUAACUUAGUUGUUCAGUGUAUCUAUUGCUAACGUGCUAACUUAGUUGUUCAGUGUAUCUAUUGCUAACGUGCUAACUUAGUUGUUCAGUGUAUCUAUUGCUAACGUGCUAACUUAGUUGUUCAGUGUAUCUAUUGCUAACGUGCUAACUUAGUUGCUCUGUGUUG